UUUAGGUUUAUCACCAUGGUUACAUCUGGCCAUCUGUCAGUAUUUUGUGUAGUAACGGUUGGAUUCCUUACAUUGAUAACUAAAGGAAUACGUAUUAUCAGUGAUCCAGAAAACUUAUCAUAUAAUCAACCAUUUAAACUUACAUGUGAAAUCGGCUCCAUAACAGAUGAGAUUAAAUGGUUGUAUUCAACAACAGAAUAUUUUACAUGUUCCUCGCCGUACAGCGCUGGUAUAUGUUCUAUUGGUACUUCCGCAGCAGCUAAAGCUGUAAGCUAUGACGUUAACACUACGGCUGGAACUUCAACUGUUGAAAUUAAUGUAACUUCUAGUUCUCAGAAUGUAUUGUGGACCUGCAAGCAUGGAGUUGAUAUGGCUACCUACCAAAUAACCAUUAAAGGUAAAGUUCAAAUAUUAGAAAAUGAAACUAAUAAAGUGGUUAACGCUACGAUUGGUUCUAAUGCUACAUUGAAUUUGAAGAUAAUGGGUUAUCCACGUCCAACAUAUACAUGGUACAAGAAAAUAAGCGAAACUGAACGACAGUUAAAUGGUUAUAGAAUUGAAGAUAUAGAUGGUCCCGCGCUAAAGAUAAAAAACGUCCAUCAAAUCGAUGAAGGGGAGUACACGGUACGAAUAACUAGCGCUGGGUCGGCUGCUAUCAUCUUUACAUUCAAGCUGAAUGUGUUUCCUGAAAUCUCCAGUCAGAAUGAAGAUGAAGAAACCACGCGAUCAGAUGCCGGGGUGAUGAAUACUGUGGUCGCGGAUGACAGGGUGACGCAAUCAGAUGACCUACCGCUAAGUGUCGGUGCAUUGAUAGGCAUUGGUGUAGCUGUUGGUAUAGUUGUCUCCCUUAUUGUGUUCGCUGUUGUCAUGGUGAUCAGACGUUUAAGAAGACCACCAGUGACAAAUCCUUCUCAUAAUUACGAUAGAACUACCAACAAGAAAUUUGAUAACGACUAUAGAUCUGGAGAUAAUCGAAGUCCCAAACGUCCGGUCCAAGAGUACUACGAACAACCGGUUCACAACCAAGAAGUUUACGAAGCCGUGGAAUAACCCCCACCCUCACUACACCAUUUAUGAACAUUUUUGUUUCAGCAGUCACGAUUCUUUUUAUUGAUUAACGUUAUUCAUUAAAAUUAUUCACAAUUUGUAUGUCUAUUUAUAAAUAUUAUUCAAUGUUUUUUUAUUAUUAUUAAAUUUCAUUUAUUAUA